AUGGUUAACCCACCACAGCCAAGGCAACAGCCUCCCACUUCACCCCGUGUUCCCACUUCGCAAAUGUCGGCAAAACACUCUCCAAGUGUUUCACACGCCCAAUUGCAUUUUCAACAACUGCAACAUCCUAAUCAUCAACAACAGCUGCUGCACCAACUGCAACUUUACCAUACAAACACUGCAUCUUCGCAAUCGUCACAAUCCUCAAAUGCAUCAGGUCCAGGUUCUGCAGCUCCGUCGAACUUUCCCCAACACCACUCGUCACAUGGACAUAGUAUUAGUCAUGGACAUAGUCAUAGCGUUGGUCAUGGAUCCAACCAUCCAUCUCGUAAACCAUCCAUUGUUGAAUUGUUGAGCUCACCGCCACCAUUACCCGUUGAUCUGGAUGACGCAAUCCACCACUUGAGUUUAUCAAGAAACCCCUCUGUUAGCUCUAGGACUUCAACUGGGUCAGCAAACCCAUUUCUGUAUGGUGGAGGCGCCCAUAGUUCAGCAUCACCACAUGGAAGUGUAUCGGGUGGAGCUUCCUCAGGAAUUGGAGGUUUAGACUGGAGUGAUGUACCAUUGACUGAAGUUGUGCAAUCAAACAAAUUGAUUAGUAUCCAUUGCUCUCAUUCAGUUCAAGCAGCAUUUGAAACUUUGGUCAAGAAUGAUUUAACUAGUGUUCCAGUGUCAGUGUCCAAAGAUGACCAUAAUGAUUUGAGAAAUUGCUUGACAUUUGAUUAUAGUGAUUUAAACACCUAUUUGUUAUUGAUCAUGAAUAAGGUUGAUUAUUCUGAGUUAAAUGUUGAGGAAAUAGGUGAACCUAGCCACACUUUGCAACAGAAGCAUGACAUCAUUACCCAAGCUGUCAACAAAGCCAAGAAGGGAGAAGAAGUUCCUGUAGAAUUUAUCAUCAAGUUGCAUCCUAAAAACCCAUUUAUCAAGUUUGUUGAAAAUGACACCUUAUUUUCGGUAAUGGAGACUUUGGGAAAUGGUGUUCACAGAGUGGCCAUCACCAAUGAAGAAGCAUCAAAGAUCACUGGUAUUCUUUCGCAAAGAAGAUUGAUCAAAUACAUGUGGGAGAAUGCGAGAAGGUUCCCGCUGUUGGAGUUUUAUCUUUCCUCGACUAUCCAAGAUUUGAAAAUUGGCUCUAGUAAGCCAAUCACUAUAUAUGACGAUCAACCUGUUUUGGAUGCCUUGUACAAAAUGUUUCAUGAAAACGUUUCUUCAUUGGCUGUUAUUGACCGUACUAAAUCCUUAAUUGGUAAUAUUUCCAUUGUUGAUGUUCGAAACUUGACAAGUUCGAAAAAUUCCCAUAUGUUGUAUAAAUCAGUAUUGAGUUUUAUCAGUUACAAUUUGUCCCAAAAGGGUAUUGAAGAAGGUAAAGAUCAAUUUCCAAUUUUCCAUGUCAAUAACCAAAGUUCAUUAGGAAGAGUCAUUGCCAAGUUAGUUGCUACCGAGUCACAUAGAUUGUGGGUUGUGGAUACUUCGAGAAAAGCUAGCAGUGUGUCGGCACAAGGCUCAAGUGCACCAAACAGUGGAACAAACAAUAGUGGUGUCACAUUCGGAUACCCACAGCCUGCUGAUGCUUCCAUUUUGAACAAAGCUGCUAGUGUUGAAGGCCGUGAAAUGAGUCAAGCCAUUACCGGUGAGUAUUCCAAUUCCAAUCCUGGAACAGCCUUGGCAGCAAGCUCAAUACAGCAAGAGCAAGGCUAUCUCGGAGGAACUGGAAAAUUGAUUGGUGUUGUUACCUUGACUGAUAUUUUGGGUGUGUUUGCCACAUCAAAGGGUCGUCGAACUGACCCCCAAUCAGCUAGGAACUUUAGAAGAAGAAGCUCCACUUCAACCACCAGAUCAUCAAUCGAGAGUCUUGACAAUACUAUUAGUGGUGUUUUGAACGCCACAACUAGUGGAAGUGGCAGUGCUGGCACUAGUGGAAAUAAUAAUACCCACUCUGGUAACAAUUCAAAUUCAACUACGGCAGGUCUUUCUGGUUUGAAUGGUUCAAAUAAGAAUACCAGUUCAAGUAGUGUGGCAUCUAAUCCUACUAAUGCUGGUACUGGUGCUUCAAAAAGCUCAAACACUGCUAGAUGA